AUGAAACUGAAGACAAAGUCAUAUAAUCUGCGAAUGGAACAUCGUAACGCAUGCGGUCAGGUCCACUGGUUGAAAGUAGAUUUCGAUAAGUGGAAGGACGAAGAUGACUCUGGUGCUGAAGACGGGAUGCCAUUCGGUGGCUCAGGAGCAGGCGGAUUUGAUCUCAAUUCAUAUAUGAAUCAAAUGGGAGGUGGAGGUAAGCUUUGUACACUGUAA